GGGGCCCCAAGCCUAUUACUAACGUGGAAAAAGAAGCAAAGCACCUAACUAGUCAGACCAAAAGAGAAAUUUAGAAAACAUGAUUCCUUCUAUAUUUCCGCCAUCCCACUUUGCUUUCUUUCGGGUUCAGACACCCCAGUAUGAGAUAGACAUUCGCUAUUUCAGUACCUCACCUCUCAACGAAUGCCCAGCAAAUCAUUUCGUACCAAUUCACAAUGUUCUUGAUCAGGGUGCCCAAUGAUGGCAAGUCUGUCAUGUCGCCGUGACUUCA